AGUGGCGAGGUGGAGAGCAGUGAAGUGUGUGUAGGUCGGUGUGUACACGACCUUUACUUGACAAGCUAUGGCAGCACUUUGUUGGUCGCUCUCCGCCAUUCUCUCUGCCUCCAGAAUCCGUAUCACAUCAUCAUCUUCAUCUUCUUCUUCUUCUUCGCCUAAAUCGAACCAGAAUUUCGGUAAGCAUAAGGUGGAUUCAUGGUCGCUAUCAAGGAGAGAAUUUGUGAAUGGAUCGGUAGCAGCUCUGAAUCUGGUGCCGGUGUUGGUGUAUCCUCAAACUUCGGUGGCCAGAGAAGUUGAGGUUGGAAGUUAUCUCCCGCCUUCGCCGACAGAUCCUUCUUUCGUUCUCUUCACCGCCACUUCUAAGGACACUCCUGCUCUCCGUGCCGGAAAUGUAGAGCCAUACAAGUUCAUCCUCCCUCCCACAUGGAAGCAGAUGCGCGUUGCCAACAUUCUCUCCGGCAACUACUGCCAGCCUAAGUGCGCCGAGCCUUGGGUUGAGGUCAAAUUCGAAGAUGAAAGACAGGGCAAGGUUCAGGUUGUGGCUUCCCCUCUCAUACGUCUCACCAACAAACCUAACGCCACCAUCCAAGACAUUGGGUCGCCGGAGAAAGUGAUCGCUUCCCUUGGACCCUUUGUCACCGGGAAUACAUACGAUGCUGAUGAACUCGUGCACACCUCAGUCCAGAAACAAGGCGACCAAACAGUACUAUUACAAGUACGUGCUCGAAACACCAUACGCUCAGACAGGAUCGCACAAUCUUGCCAAGGCGACGGCGAAAGGGAGCAGUGUUAUCCUCUUCGUGGCGAGCGCAACCGAUAAGCAGUGGCCGUCGUCGGAGAAGACAUUGAAGGCAAUUGUUGAUUCUUUCCAAGUGUAAAUCCUUUUUGGCUUGUGCGUUUAUGCGUUGGAUCCAAAUGCAAUGCUAGAAUAACUAAGGAAUAAAUGUGAACUACCAUACAUACAUACAUAAAUACAUACAUACAUAGGAUACUGUAUUAUAACAGUAGUACCUCAGGCAGCAGUCACUAGGUGAUGCGCAGAGGCUCCCUUAAAGGGCAGCAUGCACGAGUAGGUUACGUACUUGACGCUAUCGAUCAGUACGACCACAAAGAUUCGAGCGAUGGGCUUGGUUGUUCCCAUGACAUCUGCCUCUCGAGGGUCCACGAGUAUGGAAACCACCAUUGGCGGUGACGACGACGAAUUGUUUCUGCUCAACUUAUCUUUCCCGGUGGUGGUGCUUCUGUUGCCGCCAUGUUGAGCGGUGAUGUUGAGAGAUGAGUAGUCUGGAAGAGGAAUGGGAAGGCCUCGGAGGAUUCUACGGUUCGUUCUUCCCCUACUGAUAUCCCUAGAGUUUUUAUUUUGUCCUCCGGAUACGUUUCUCGGCGUAGGAGAUGGAACUAUUGCGCCUGACGGUGAAGCUGGCGACACCUCGAACUGGAGAACUUCGGUGCACAUGCCGGAUCUCAACAUCGGCCCUGGAUUAAGAAAAGACAAUGAUCGUAAUAAAAUCCGUGAUAGAGAGAGUACUGCGAAAUGCAAUAAAAUCUAAUAGCAGAGGAUGAGGACGAAUAUAAGUAGUCUAUAAGUAGUCUUUCGGGAAGUAUCCUAGGCACAUCAUUCUCUUAUGUUGUAAUUAUCGAUACAAGACAUGUUCUAACACUAAGUUCAUGGCAGGUUCGAGAACGAAUAUUAGAAAUUAAUAUGAA